AUGGAGAGUCUGCCAAGCCCCCCGAAACGUCAGCCAUCACUCCCUCUUGACAUCCUGCUGGAUACUUUCGCUAUUCCGGCCGAUCGGUCGGUUCCCGAACCCACUGCUGCGUCCACUUCGGAUGUACCGCAUUCGGUAUCAGUUGCUGCUGCCGUGUCUCCAGACAACAAACCACGACUAAGACGCCGGACCAACCGCGUGCGCCGAUCAACACUGCCGAUGCAGGUCAAUCCACGCCAAAAGCGGUACUGACUUACUUGCAGGGGAGGUGUUGGGAGUGCCUACGCUCCAGAAAACAAAAGUCAGCCAAUCACGGAGGCCACGUGCGUUUUCUCAAGCGUGCUGUCAGUGUACUCGUUACGCCUCUCCAUUGGCUGCUCCCCUCAAGCUUGAUCGAUCCGUGCAUUCGAAUUAUCGACCUGGUCGUCUAGAAUGUUCUCCCCGAAGUGCAUUUGACCGGAUACAGGCGAACCAGAGUAGUCUUGACUUGAAGUUUCCUAAUGUACGUUUUCGUGGCUGGUCGUAUCCUUCUUCGCUGCCGCGUUGGUAUUGUGGACAAGAAUCUUGAGCGCAUACGCUCCCACGUGCUUUCAAGUAUCAGGCCGGGUCAUAACGAAUUGAACUGUCAAAAGUUGUCCAUUGACAUUAACAUGGAACUGUACGGAAUGACAUCAGUCGCAGAAUAAGAAAGUACCCAAUUUUUGAGUAGACACUGGAAGUGGAGGUCAUUAAAAAGGCUUCUGCGUAUUUUUUUCUCAGCUGGAAACUGGAUACCUGAAACCUGAGUAGGUCGAUGUUUCAAGUGAAAUUCUUAGUCAGUACAAUGCACUUUGCUUGAAGAAAACGGCUAAGCGUUGAGCGUAUUACCCUUUAAGGAAAACGGUCAUUAUUUCAUUAAAACAAAACUUGCUAACUGGCUCAAGGUUAUUAGAGUCUUUAGGCUGGUGUUUCAUCUGUGUUCUUUUAUUCAGCCUAGCGAACACUACUUACUUUUGGAGCUAGGACUCAGUCAUUUAACACCCCGAUCUGCCAUCAAAUUUAUCAUGUCUGCCUUCUAAAACAUGCGUGUUGUUCGAUUGUGGAACUCACUCCCAAUUGAAAUGGUGACGUCUGAUACAGUGGCUGUAUUCAAAAGGCAUUUGGAUCGUUUGGUCUUUGAUAAGUGACGACUCUCACUGUAGGACAAUCUGCGACCAGCCAUCAAUUUCAUUUCUUGAUUUCAACCCUAUGCAACACAUCCCUGACGUUCAAUGAAUUUUUCCCUCUCAAAGUACGCAAAUGGCUGCACUUUAUGUUGAUUGUAUAUAAUUGCACUUACAAUUUCAUAUGUACAUUGAAAAGACCGUCUGCCGCCCCCUACGCAAUCCCGCACUGUGAAAUCGUUUGCCGCAAAAAAAUAUGUUACUGGCAAAAUCUUAGUAAGAUGUGCAUUUACCAUUUAUAUUGUAUGUACCGUUUUCAAAAAGGUCAUCAAGGGCAUCGCCUAUUAACUUAAAAAGAUACACUGAAUACACUACACACCAUGUGGGGCGAGAACACGUGGGUCUUCUAACAUGCCGUGGCCUGCCCCACAGACAAGAGUCAUUGCCAUCUUACGAACUUACGUCUAGCCCAAUUUUCUUGAAGACCACAAAACACGUGGCAAACUGAGAACAUCAAGCAAUUUGCGAUUGGACUUUUUAGAGAGCUCAAUCCUCCUGUCGGUCACGGACCGCUCGGCAUGUUGUUUUAUCUAAAGAUUUCGGGUUAAAGAUCACUUUCCCAAGUGAUCGGAUGAGAGGUGAAAUUAUAUUUUCGUGGUGCGAGUAGGAAAUAGAAAAGGCGGUUGUAGGUCUAACGCUAAAUUCGUGCAAAUUUUCAAUAAGAGUAAGCAAAAGAAUGCAGGGGUCGAACUCCUGGUGUCAAAAGUCCGAAGUUCAAACUAAAUAAAACCACCCUUGGGUAAGGAAUCAUCACAUCGCGGUAGAACUACCUCGCCGUGAAGCUGUUUACGCUGCCAAAGUAAUACAAUAUUUGCGAAAAUUCCCAUAGCAGUAAUCAGAAGACGUGGUGGCGAGCAUACGUACAGUAAGUGGGCUAACUCAUGAAAUCUCAACAGAAAUUCUGAAAAUGCCUUUUUGUUUCGAAAAGAUUAAUUAAGUGGAGUUUUAAAACCGAUCAUCCUCCAGAUUAAUUAAGCUGAGUUAUGAAACUGAUCAUAGUGCAGCGUAAUUAUUUAAUAAUUCAGUUAGCCCAGGACGCCGGCUUUCGAAAAAAUUUCUUUCUGGCUGCAUCUAAAACCAUACUCCGCAAAAAAUGACCGCUUAAGUAGCAUGCCUUUUUACAUUGAUUUGCGAUUCCUUUGAAGAUUCAAUUAUGUUUCAUGGCAAACAUGCAUAAAAGUAUUCAUUCUUUUGCUAAUUCAGCAGAAACUUGCGUCUUCUUUCAAUUUUGCACUCGAAGGAAGGGUAUAAUUCGUUUUUAUAAAACUUAUCCGAUUCCCGAAUAAUUUUGAGCCCGACCUGCCGUUACACUUGUAUUCAGGAUUCCCAAACUGCAAGCCGUAUUAUUUCCGCGUAUGGAAAACCAUACAUUUCUCUACGGUAUUAAGAGGAGUCCAUAUGGGGUCCAUAAAAUUAAGCAGUGCAUUAGAGCCACAUUGUUAAUUUUGCAAGCCACGCUGGUAAAUGCAGAAACAUGACGUUUUAGGAAGGGCCAGUUCACGGUAUUAAAAAAUCUCACAAUUAGAAACUUUUUUCAAACCGAACUACACCCUUCCUUGGAGUAUAAAGUUGAAAAAGACGCCAUUUCGUAAUGAAUGAGCAAAAGAAUGGAUAGUUUCAUGCAUGUUUUCCAUUAAAUAUAAUUUAAUUGUUUAGGGCAUCCAAAAUCAAUGAGAAAAUUACAUGCUACUUAAGUAGUCAUUUUUUGCAGAACAUAGUUGUUGCAUGUAGUCGAAAAGAAGUUCAUUCAAAAGCCGGCACCCUGUAAUAACUGGUAUAUUAUAUACUUGUACUGCAAAAUGAUUAGUUUUACAACUCCACUUAAUUAAUCUUUUCGAAACGGGAACGCAUUUCGAAAUUUCGGCUGACAUUCCAUGAGUUAGCCCACCUACUGUAGCUUUCGAUAAUUUCUCGUCGGGCCAGUACAAUCAUAAAGGAACGGGGUAGAAGUAAAAAAUGUCAAUGUUAGGAGGAAUCGAUUAAAGUUCGCCUUAAAACACAGGCCGGGUGUGGGAAUGUGGGGGGAGGGGGGAGGGGUUAUAGAAGUCAAUGUCAGGGGCGGGGUGAGAGCGGUGUGGAGCCGUCUCCACACAGGGAGUCACAUAAGUGACCCUGACCUCAAACACGUCCGACCAGUCGGCACGCAUAUCCCUCGACUAUAUGGUCUACCUAAGAUCCAUAAGGAAGGUCUCCCAAUCCGCCCGAUUUAAGACAUGCCAAACUUUCCGUAUCAUACGAUAGCAAAGUGGCUAGCAGAGAAACUUAGGCCCAUACUGCAUCAGCUAGCACCACGCAGUUAUCGAGAUGUCUCGAAUUCAUUGACGACAUCAAAGAACUCAACCUCAACGACAUGAUAAUUUUCUUGCUGGACGUCUCAUCGCUUUUUACAAACGUUCCGGUUACUGAGACAGUUGAAUACAUAUGUGAGUUUCUAUCAAACAAUCAGCAGGAAAUAAAAAUUCCGACGAAGACACUCAAGGAACCAUUACGAAAAUGCACAUUAAAUGUGCAGUUUCUGUUUGGCAACCAAUUCUAUAGAAAAAUAGACGGCAUUGCUGUGGGCUCGACUCUCGGACCUCUCCUAGCCGAUGUCUUCAUCGCAAUCUGGAGAGAUUUCAAUUAAGCGAUCAGAUCGAAAAACUUAAACGCUACGGCCGCUAUAUUGAUGAUACCUUUGCAAUUGUCGCAGCAGAAACCGACGUAGCUACCCUCUUAAAUGCUGUAAAUCAGGCAAAUUCCGUCGAUCAAACUCACGUUUAAGAUCGAAACGGCCGGUUCGUUCCCUUUUUUAGAUGUUCUUCUAAACAGGAGACCAGACGGAAGUAUCCGAAAAGGCGUCUACCGGAAGAAAACCUGGUCUGGACAAUACGCAAACUUCGCUAGUUUCAUAUCUCUACAACAAAAAUGAAAUCUAAUCCAGUGUUUGGCGCAAAGAGCCAAAAAAAAUUACUCAAGAGAUAGCAUCGAGGAAGAACUCAGAAAAAUCCAGGACUUCCUUUGCGAAAACGGGUAGCCUGACAGGCUUAUUACAAAGAAAAUCGGCAAUGUGGUUCAGGCCCCGCGCCUACAGUGGUCGAAGGUCGACUAACGCUGCAACUCUCCGCGCCCUUCCGCUCUCACCCCGCCCCUGACAGUGACUGCUAUAAUCCCUCCCCCAUAUUCCCACACACGGCCUGUGUUUUAGAGCGAACUUUAGUCGAUUCCUUCUAUCCCUAACAUGCUUUACUUCUACCCCGUUCCGAUAUGAUUGUACUGGACGGCGAAAAUUUAUCGAAGGCUACGUGUGCUCGCUACCUAGUCUUCUAAGACAAGAGUGAGUUUAUAACCCCUACCCAAUGCCUCCGUUACGACUUUUGGGUUCUAAAAACAGUUCGGUACUGCUCUCUGUUUUUUUUUCAAAACAACUUCGUUUCGGAAAACCCCGUGUUGUUGGAUCGGGAAUGUAAAAAAAUACAGAACUUCCAAGCCAGCCGAUUAAAUUUCGACAAUACUGCGAAAUAAUGAGGCGGGUGGAUUUUUAGACCACUGAAAUGCUGGUCUCGGUGUGACAUUUCGAGUCUAUUUCGGCUGUCGGAAUGGGCUGUCGUCGGUCUGGGGAGGGAGGGGGCGGGGGCAUUCAUCUGGUGCUCCCUUUGGAUUGCCGUGAGGUACAUUUGAGUCACCUGCAGACGUUUCGCUCAAAUGUCUCGAUUUUCAGCAGACUAUCAAACAACAUGCCAUGGCUCAGAACCAAAAGGUCUUCGUAUUGAUCGCAUGGGCAGUGUCUGGUGCAGCAUUUCGUCUCUGUUUGGCGACCACUUGCGAGCACACACCAGCCGCAGAACUUUCUCUGACACUGUGGGCCCCUAUAUCAGAGGCAGUCGCAGGGACGUAAGAUGCGCAGUAUUUAUACAUUGCAGUCGCCCGAAACCACAUGCCUACAAUAAUUAGCAGCACUCACGUUCAUAGCUGCGGAUCGUAUUUGGUGCUAUUAAUGUUUUUUGGUCCGUAACCGAGUUCUUAAAUGUUGAGCGGGAGAACAUUCACUGUAACCACCCCUCUAAGGCAUUGUAAUGCAGCAACCUUGUCUUCCGGCUCAUUGCAAUGCGUUCCGACCCACAUCUGUGUCUGUGGCUAGUUAGGUGACUACUGUUGAAACUCAGUACUUACGUUGUAUUAGCAGCUUUUAGCAGAUUUUUGGCCAUCACAAUCUUUGCAGCAUACGAGGAUAUUAAGAAAGAGUAGCCGGUCGUUCACUUACUCCCCCGUCGUGAAUUAUAUGACCGGAAAGACCCACCACUAAGACAGGAAACGCCUGGAGUCGCUUAAUGGAUCUGGUGCAGUUGCAAACACGGCAACUAGACCAAAGAAACUGGAAGAUUACUCUGGACACGAAUGGCCGAAGAUGCAGCAGUAGUGGGUGGAGAAGAAGAAAAAGAAGAAGAAGAAGAAGAAGAAGAAGAAGAAGAAGAAGGAGAAGGAGGAGGAGGAGGAGGAGGAGGAGGAGGAGGAGGAGGAGGGGGAGAAAUGGUGGUUAUUCUCGGAUCGCGACCCCUUCGACAGGAUCCAGCCAUGCCUCCAAGUUUAA